AAGGGUUAUGGUAUUUUCGGUGCUAUUUCCUCUUUAGUUUUCUUUGAAAAGUCUGAGAAGAAAAAGGAAAAUUUUGAGAAAUUAUUCAAGUUUUUUCACGCUCUCGGAUUUCUUAAAGAAAAGUAAUUGCUCAAUUGGAUGCUGCAAAACCCUCAAAAGUUUCUCUCUCAGCAGUAUCAGUCUCUAGUUUCCAGUAGAUCGAUUGCAGAUCUGAACUUUUAGGGCUAAUUAAAAGCAGUAUCAGUCUCUAGUUUCCAGUAGAUCGAGUGCAGAUCUGAACUUUUAGGCUAAUUAAAAGUUGAACAUUUUGUUGAAGAUUCUUGAUAUUUAUAAUCUCUCAAAGCGUUGUCAAUCUUCAGUUUACAUCCAGUAACUCGAGUGCAGAUAUGAACUUUUAAAGCUUCUUGAAAAUCUAUCGAAGCAGUGUUGAUAUUCAAUUUCCAGUAGCUCAAGUGCAGAUUUGAACUUCUAGGGCUAACUAAAAAGUUUUCUCUUAUUCAUAGAUUGUCUACAAACUUAAACAGAUCUGAAAAGUCUUUCAUCAGUGGAGUUGGAUGGCUGCUUCUUCAUCUUCAGCCACUCCUCAAUUGAAGAACUAUGAUGUCUUUCUUAGUUUUAGAGGUGAAGACACCCGCAAUAAUUUUACAAGCCAUCUCCAUGUGGCUUUGUGUCGCAAAGGGAUUGCAGCUUUCAUUGAUAAGGAUCUGAUAAGAGGAGAUAAGAUUUCAUCAGCUCUUUUGAAUACAAUUAAAGCAUCGAAGAUUUCUAUAAUCAUUUUCUCACAAAACUAUGGGUCUUCAAGAUGGUGUCUCCAAGAACUUGAACAGAUUCUUAAUUGCAUGGAAUCGGAGGAGAAGCAGAUUGUAAUACCAAUUUUCUAUCAUGUAGACCCAUCUCAUGUAAGAAACCAAACAGGGAGUUUUGAGAAGGGAUUUGCUGAACUUCAAGACCGUUUUAAGGAAGAACCGGAGAUGCUGAAAAGAUGGAAGGACGCGUUGAAUAAAGCAGCUGAUCUAUCUGGUUGGACUAUAAAUGCAGAAACGUAUGAAGCUGAUCUUACUGAAGAAAUUUCAGGCGACAUUUUGAAAAGACUAAAUAAAUUGUCUCCAACUGAUUAUAAAGGUCUGGUUGGAGUAAAAAUUUUAAAAGAGGAAAUAAAGUCUUUGUUGAACAAGGGAUCAAAUGGUGUUUCCGUAAUAGGAAUUUUGGGCAUAGGUGGUAUUGGCAAGACAACUAUUACUCGUGUUGUAUUCGACGAAAUCUGUCGUAAUUUUGAAGGAUCCUAUUUUGCUGAAAAUGUUAGGGAAGAGUGGGAGAAAAAUAGUAGCUUAACUCACUUGAAACAAAAACUUGUUUCCACAAUAUUAGAUAAUAAAGAUCCUAAUCUUGAUAUAGGUCUCAACUUUACAAUGGUUCAAAAAAAGAAGGUUCUUAUUGUUUUUGAUGAUGUGACAUCUUCACUGCAAAUAGAAGCAUUGAUCGGAAAUCUUAAUCAAUUGAGCCCAGGAAGUAGAAUUAUCAUAACAACGAGGGAUAAACAAGUGUUAAGAAGUUGUGGAGUAGCUGGUGCUGAUAUAUACGAGGUUGGGGGAUUACAUGAGAAGGAAGCUCAUCAACUUUUUAAUAAAUAUGCCUUUAAACUAGACUCUCCUACUGAAGAUUUUAUUGAGCUAUCAAACAAAGUAGUAGCAUAUUCCAAAGGCGUUCCAUUGGCUCUUAAAGUGUUGGGUUCCUAUUUGUUUUCCAAGGGAGAAUUUUUUUGGGAAAGUGCAAUAAGUAAUCUAGAAAAAGGCCCUCUAACAGAUAUUCAGAAUGUCUUAAAAAUUAGCUAUGAUGGACUAGAUGACGUGGAGAAGGUUUUAUUUUUAGAUAUUGCAUGUUUCUUCAAAGGGGAAUAUGAAGAUUUAGUGAAAGAAACCCUAAAUGGUUGCAGGAUAGAAGUUCUUAUUGAUAAGUGUCUUGUGUCUAAGACAGAGUAUAAUAAAAUAACAAUGCAUGAUUUGCUUCAAGAAAUGGGUAAGAAAAUUGCUCAAUAUCACAAAGACAUUCGAUUAUGGCAUCACGAGGAUAUCUUGAAAGUAUUUAAAAAAUACAAGGGAACUGAAGCAAUACGAUGCAUAAAGUUAGACAUAUCUAAAAUCAGCAAUCCACGCUUAUAUUGUAAUGUUUUGUCAAGGAUGGAUAACUUAACAUUCUUCAAAGUAUACAACUCAGAAUGCCAAGAUAAUUAUGAAAAUAGGUUGGAUGAUUCCAUAGAACUUCAUGCAAUAUUUUUGGGAGAAGACAACCCAGAACGCCGAGAUAGUUAUGAAAAUAAGUUGGAUGGUUUUGAAGAAGUUGAAUCCUUUCCCAAUGACAUAACAUUCUUCGGUUGGAAUGAUUACCCUUAUGAAUCAUUGCCAUUAAGUUUUCCUUCAGAGAGUCUUGUUACACUUGAUAUGCGUUAUAGCAAAGUUAAGCAUUGGAACGGUGUUCAGAAUCUUAUAAAUUUGAAAUAUGUUAAUCUCAGUUUCUCCAGACACAUGAUAGAGAUUCCAAAUCUCUCAAAGUCCUCAAAUCUUAAGAAAUUGAUUUUAAGAGGUUGUUCAAGUUUGUUGGAGAUCAUUCCCUCUUCUAUUCAAAAUCUCAAUAAGCUUGUCGAGUUGGAUCUAAGCUAUUGCUCAAGGUUUAUUAGCUUACCAGAUGGCAUUCAAUCAAAUUCUAUAAAUCUCAGUUUCUGUCAUGAUCUCAAGAUAGCUCCAAAGAUCUCAUGUAAGGUGAAAAUUUUAAAAUUAAUGUCAACUGCAAUAAAAGAAUUACCCUUCAUCGAACAUCCAUCUGGACUAGUUGAGUUGGAUCUUAAAGGAUGUUCAUUGCUUGAGAAUCUUUCAAGCAGCAUCUGUAAGUUGAAAUUUCUCAAAGUGCUUAAUCUUUACUCAUGCUCCAAAUUGGAAAGAUUACCCGAUGACUUUGGAGAUUUGAAAGCUUUGGAGUAUCUCUCAUGUGAAAUGACAGUCUUAAAAGAAGUACCAUCAUCCAUUUUACACUUGCCAAACCUUGAAUGUUUAGACCUAAGUCGAUAUGUUGAUGAACCGGCACCUUUGAAUUGGGUAUUGAAUUGUUCAUCAGGUUCGAGCUCUUUGAUAUCACUUUAUUUGGAUAAUUGUCAAAUGACCAAAUUACCUGGCAAUCUUGGACAAUUAUCUUUUCUAAAAGAGUUAUAUCUAAGUGGAAAUAAUUUUGAGCGCCUACCAGAAAACAUCAAACGGCUUUCUAACUUGUGCUUCCUAGACAUAAGUCAUUGUUCGAGACUUCAAGUUUUGCCAAAGCUUCCAAUGGGUGUAAAUGUGGUAGCAUCUGACUGCUCAUCCUUGGAAUCAAUAUCAGAUCCAUCAUUUCUAUUAUUACCUUAUUGGAGAUCACGGAUAACAACUUUUGUCAAUUGCUUCAAAUUGGAUUUACCUAAAAUUAUUUAUGAGGGAUAUUAUGGAGAAUUUUGUGCUAAUAUUUGUUUCCCUGGGAAUGAAUUUCCUAAAAUUCUCCAUGAGGGAUCUUGUCGAGAAUUUUGUGCUACUAUUUGUUUCCCUGGAAAUGAAAUUCCUAAGUGGUUUACCUUUCAAAAUACUGGAUCUUCUAUAUCUCUUGAUCAGUCACCAGAUUGGCAUGAUAAAAACUUUAUAGGUUUUUUGACAUAUGUUGUUUUUGAUCGUCAAGUAAAGGUUGACAUUUUUGAAGAUUAUUGCGUUACCUACAGCUGCUUGGUCAAAAGCGAAGAUGGUAAGGAGCAACUUUAUCGUAAUGACAGUGCACUUGAUUAUAUUAUGGACUAUGAUCUUAGUGCCGAGGAGCUCGAUAGUUUUUGUCCGGGUGAUAUCUCGUCAGAUCAUGUAUUAUUCUGUUCUGUAAUGAAAGAGACGUUUGAAGUGUGUGAUUCAGAAGAUGAUCAAAUUGAUUCAGAAGAUGAUCAAAUUUCGAAUAGAAAAGUGCUCAUCAAAUUUGAUGCUUUCCGGAUGGAGAUAAAAAAAUGUGGGAUCCAUUUAUUGUAUGUUGAAAAUUAUGGGGAACCAUCGAAAACAUCCGGAACAAGUGUUGACAGUGCUAAAAAGAAAGGAAAAGAGAAAGAUGAACAGCAAUCAACGGUGAUUGAUACAACUGAACCAGACUCCAAGAAAUUGAAAAUAUGCAACUACGAAAAUAUCCACUUAAACUUUCUAUUGGACCAGCAGUGAAUAGUGCUACAAUUAAGCCGAGCUAUGCUGACUCUAAUGUGGUACAGUCAAAUAGAAGUACCUGCUGUGAUGAUGAACCACAAUCUUGUGGUAUUUUACUGGAUUUGAAUCAAUCCCCUGAAGAUUGUGUUGAAUCAAUGGUGAAUGUUGCGACAAUAAACAGAAGUGGUUGUUGCGAUGAGGAACAAAAAUCUUGUGGUGUUUCCACCACAUAUGAUAGGCAAUUUAGUAGCUUUACUUCUCUGGGUUUGAAUGAACUCCCUCAAGAUAUUGUUGAGCCAACGGUGAAUGUUGCCACAAUUAACCGAAUUGACUAUCGUGAUGAAGAACAACAAUAUUGUGGCAUUUCAAGUAGCUGCGAUGGUACAUCUAGUAGACUUACUACUUUGGAUUUGAAUGAAUUUCCUCAAGAUUUUAUUGCAUCCAUGGAGAAUGUAGCCGCAACCCACAAGUGAUGAACCUCAACCUAUCUCAUGCUUUUGUUUUAUACAUAUACUAGUGAACAAGUUGAAAGAAUAUUUAUUCUGAUGAGAAGAAUUGGUUAUAUGUAUCCCGUACGUGGAUGCUGCAUUGUUUUCUGCAAAGAUUGAGGAGCUACAUUCAGGAGGACCAGAAUGUGAAGCGUCGAAGGGAGCGCAGCCCUCAUUCCUUUAUAAACUAACAUGACAACCGAGCAGCUGCUGCCUCUUGUUGGUCAAAUGGUGAUACUAUUGCAGAUUUGCAGAUGGCUGACAGACAUGUGGCCGAGGCUGUUGCGAAUGUACAACAGGAUAUGUAGCGAAGGGAGCCUUUGAGGAGUAUUCGAAAGUUGCCUGGAUGAUCCAAAGAUUAUGUUGUUAGCAAGUAGGAAGAUUGGUUUUCUUUAACAGACCUUUUUAUGGAGUAGCUGCUAUUUAGUAAUGUUUAUAUUAAGUUGUGUGUUGUUUCGAACGACUUUUUAGUAAGUCAACAAUUUGUAUAUUAGGUUUAUUUAAACUUAUGGGAAUUAAUGAAAAAGGAGGCCAAUUCUUUUGAUUUAAAAACCCUCUUUUGUAUAUCUUCUUCUUGGAGGCUCUACUCCCUCAUAUAGAGUAGAUUUUUCCUAUCAUUGAUGCUGUAGUUGAAAGGGGCUCUAGUUGUUCCAUGGCGGAGUCCCACUAACAACUACAUGCUUCCAUCAUUUUAUGGUUUCAGAUUAUUACUUGAGAAUUAUAUUAGAAGAGGGUGUUUUGUGUACAUAGGUAAAUAUCGGGUUUUUACUUUUUACAGCUUGCCCUAGUGUCAGAAUGAUGAAUUCAAUGUUUAAUGAAACCCAUUUAUUAUAUUCUUCUAUUAA